CUUCCGUGGAUUUGAGCAGCUUGUCUUUCGUCGUGUCCAUGUACCCGCUGAUGUUCGGCGACAUGUCCUUCGUCAUCACCACCUACCUGGCCGUCCAGAAAGCGUGCUGCGUGGUCAUCCCGUUCCGUUUCAAACACGUGUUCACAAGAAAACGAUCAAUCGCCACUGUCCUUAUCAUCGUCGUCAUCGUCUUCGUCUACUACUCGCCUAUCUUCGUCACGAUGAUCCGGGACAUGCGACCCUUGCUCUCAACCCAGACGAACAGGACGAAGCUUGUUUUAGUGCUCUCCCCUUCCGGAAGAGAUCUUCUGCGCAUGUUCCGCGUGGUCAACAAAACCACGCUGCCCCUUGUGACGCAAUCCAUCGUCCUGAUCUGCCUGGUCUUGUUAACAAUUCACCUCAAGAAAUCUGCCCACUUCCGGAAGUCGUUCAACUCCAAAUCUUCCUCCGC